UUAUAAUCGUAUAGAAGAACGUAUAUGAAAAGGGCUUAAUUUUUUCGGAUUUGCUCGAAAAAAUGGCGUAGGCGCAGUCGUUCGCCUUCCACAUACUCUUUCCCCCUCUCUCUCCCUCUUUCUCUCUCUUUUGCACAUACGUCGAUCGACGCAGGCGCCUGCAGUGCACUUGACUCUCGGCGACCGACAUUACCAAAACGUAGGAGCAUUGCUAGCUGUUCUCGGCAUCGGGGUGGAUCUGCGAGAACAAGAGAGACGGCUGCGUGCCGUGCGUAAAAAAAGAAAUAUACACACACACACACACACACACACUUACACAUAUUUCACAUAUACACACAAGUUACACGUACAUGCAGAUACGCACAUAAAAAAAAAUAUAAAUAUUAAAAAAAAAGAAAAAAGAAGGAAAAAGUUAUAAUUAAUAAUAUGCGAAUCGAAAGAUCGUUACUAUAUCAUUAUUAUUAAUAUAAUAAUAAUAAUAAUAAUAAUAAUAAUGUUCUCGUCUCGCAGUAUUUAUCUCGAUCGUCGAUCGUCGGCUAGUGCACCGAGAUAGUGAUCUCGAGUAUUAUUUUUUUUUUUCAUUCUAUAUCUAUAUAUAUAUAUAUAUUUUUUUUUUCCUCUCUUUUCCUCUCUCUCUUUCUCUCUCUCUCUUCCUUUCUCCUUUUAUCUCCAUUUCUCGACCACUCGGUUUUAAUCGCGGUUGCGUCGAUGCCGUACGACGUCGACGGGCGACGUCGUCUUCGUGCGCUCUUCAUGCGCGCGUCCCUCAAUGUUCAUCAGUGAUUAUUUUAUCAACCUUACUUAUUAUACACCACAAGGAGAGAGAAUACGAGUAAGAAAACAACAGUCACUGACAAAGGGGUGGAAUUUAAAUUCGAUCGAGAGAGACCUGACCAAAGGCACAUUAUAAUAACGAGACUAUAAUAAUUGUAAGGAACGUUAAAAGAGUAAAAAGAAAAAAGCAAAGAUGUCGUCGGUGAAAGUAGCGGUGAGGGUUCGACCCUUUAACAAUCGUGAAAUAUCACGCGAAGCACAAUGCAUCAUUGAAAUGUCAGGCAAUACUACUUCAAUAGUAAAUCCGAAAGUACCAGCAGGCAGUAAGGAUGCAAUAAAAAGCUUCAAUUAUGAUUAUUCGUACUUUUCCAUGGACCCAUGCGAGUCUAAUUAUUCAUCGCAAAUUAUGGUUUACAAAGACAUAGGCGAGGAAAUGUUAGAACAUGCAUUUGAAGGCUACAAUGUUUGUAUAUUUGCUUACGGGCAGACCGGUGCUGGAAAAUCUUAUACGAUGAUGGGUAAACAGGAAGACGGUCAAGAAGGAAUAAUACCUCAAAUUUGCAAAGAUUUGUUCCGUAAAAUAAGUCGAAAUUCAUCCGAACAAUUGAAAUAUUCGGUUGAGGUGAGUUACAUGGAGAUUUAUUGCGAGAGAGUUAGGGAUUUGUUAAAUCCAAAGAACAAAGGAAAUUUACGUGUACGUGAACAUCCUCUUCUUGGACCUUACGUUGAGGAUCUUUCCAAAUUAGCUGUGAUGUCUUAUCAAGAUAUUCAUGAUCUCAUAGACGAAGGAAACAAAGCUAGAACGGUUGCAGCAACAAACAUGAACGAAACAUCCAGCAGAUCACACGCAGUAUUUACAAUCUUCUUUACACAACAAAGACAAGAUUCAACGACUGGAUUAGCAACAGAGAAAGUUAGUAAAAUAUCUCUGGUCGAUUUAGCAGGUUCUGAAAGAGCCGACUCGACUGGUGCUAAAGGUACAAGGCUCAAGGAAGGUGCAAAUAUUAACAAGAGUCUUACCACACUUGGAAAAGUUAUUAGCGCUUUGGCUGAAAUCGCGGCUACCAAGAAAAAAAAGAAGGCCGAUUUCAUCCCCUACAGAGAUUCAGUACUAACGUGGUUAUUACGUGAAAAUCUUGGUGGUAAUUCGAAGACUGCUAUGAUAGCAGCAAUUAGUCCAGCUGACAUUAAUUAUGAUGAAACUUUAUCAACCCUAAGAUAUGCGGAUCGUGCGAAACAAAUCGUUUGUAAAGCUGUCGUUAACGAGGACGCGAACGCCAAACUCAUUCGAGAACUCAAAGAAGAAAUACAAAAACUACGUGAACUUCUCAAACAAGAAGGAAUCGACGUUCAAGAAGGGCCAGAUGGCAAAGUCACUUAUGAAAAGAAAGAGCCUAGGGAUGAAAUCAUUCGAACGAAUAAACGCGAGGAUGAUUACAAAGAAUCUCGUUCGAGAAUUCCCUCUCACACAACUUCGACUAUUGCUGAAGAAGCGGUCGAUCAGUUACAAGCAUCAGAGAAAUUAAUAGCCGAAUUAAACGAAACGUGGGAAGAAAAAUUGAAGAGAACCGAAUCGAUUCGACUCCAACGCGAAGCUGUGUUCGCUGAAAUGGGUGUAGCAGUUAAAGAAGAUGGUGUAACAGUUGGUGUAUUUUCACCAAAGAAAACCCCACACUUGGUUAAUCUAAACGAGGAUCCCUUGAUGUCCGAGUGUCUUAUUUAUUAUAUCAAAGAUGGUUUUACGCGUAUUGGAAGUGCCGAAGCUAAUAUACCACAAGAUAUACAACUUUGUGGUCCACAUAUAUUGAGCGAGCAUUGCGUAUUUGAAAAUCACGAAAGUGUUAUCACUCUGAUGCCUAAGAAAGAUGCUUUGAUUUAUGUUAAUGGUCGUGAAAUAACCGAACCGAUCGUACUCAAAACUGGAUCGCGCGUUAUUCUUGGCAAAAAUCAUGUAUUUAGGUUCAAUCAUCCUGAUCAAGUACGUGAACGAAGAGAAAAAAAUUCACCCGCCGAGACCCCCGGCAACGGUGAGACCGUUGACUGGAAUUUCGCACAAAUUGAAUUAUUAGAAAAACAAGGUAUCGAUCUCAAAUUGGAAAUGGAAAAGAGAUUGAUGGUACUCGAGGAACAAUUUCGUAAAGAGAAAGAAGAGGCCGAUCAAUUCUUCGAGGAACAACGUAAGAGUUACGAAGCACGAAUAGAUGCCUUGCAGAAGCAGGUAGAAGAACAAAGUAUGACUAUGUCAAUGUAUAGCAGUUACACGCCAGAGGACUUCAAUAAUACUGAAGAAGAUAUAUUUGAGAGCAACUGGACCGAGAGAGAUUUCCAAUUAGCCGCGUGGGCCUUCCGCAAGUGGAAGUAUCAUCAGUUUACCAGUCUUCGAGAUGAUCUAUGGGGCAAUGCGAUAUUCCUCAAGGAAGCCAAUGCAAUAUCGGUUGAACUUAAGAAGAAGGUUCAGUUCCAGUUUACGUUAUUGACGGAUACACUAUACUCGCCACUACCUGCUGAUCUUUUACCCAUUGCAAUCGAUGAUGAAGAUGAAGAAGAAAGACCAUUCCCUCGCACAAUCGUUGCCGUUGAAGUUCAGGAUACAAAAAAUGGUGCUACACAUUAUUGGACCUUGGAAAAAUUAAGGCAAAGGUUAGAAGCUAUGCGUGAAAUGUAUCACAAUGACGCUGAACUUUCACCUACGUCACCAGAUUUUAAUAUCGAAACUAUCACGGGUGGUGAUCCGUUUUAUGAUCGGUUCCCAUGGUUCCGUAUGGUUGGAAGAUCAUUCGUAUAUCUUAGCAAUUUGAUGUAUCCUGUACCACUUAUUCAUAAAGUUGCUAUAGUUAACGAAAAAGGUGAUGUCAAAGGUUACUUAAGAGUAGCCGUGCAAGGUGUUGUUGGAGAAGAAAAUAGCGAAUACUCCAGCGGCGUUAGACAAUCCGCACGUAUCUCAUUCGAAGAUGAUUUAUUCGGUGGACACAAACAUAACAAACGCAACACACUUUUGGCUCAAACAUUAGAAAAGAAUCGUCAAAUACUCAUGAACGAUGAUCGCGUUAUAGGUCAUAACGAAUUACACAAGGAUUUGAAAGAUGAAGAUGAUAUUGGUGAUGCAGAUAGUGGAAGAGGUGAUAGUUCUGUUUCCAGUGAUAUGAAGGAAGAAGAUUUACCAGAUCAUUUGCAACUUGGUGCUGAGUUCACAUUUCGAGUUACGGUGUUACAAGCGAUGGGUAUCUCAACCGAAUAUGCUGAUAUUUUCUGUCAAUUCAAUUUCUUACACCGACAUGACGAAGCAUUUUCAACGGAACCGGUAAAGAAUACCAACAAAGGAUGCCCACCUGGAUUUUAUCAUGUACAAAAUAUUACUGUCACUGUUACGAAAUCUUUCUUGGAGUAUCUUAAAUCACAGCCGAUUGUAUUUGAGAUCUUCGGACAUUAUCAACAACAUCCGUUACACAAGGAUGCUAAACUGGAAUACGUACGACAACCACCGAAAAGGAUGUUACCACCAUCAAUACCAAUAAGUCAACCAGUACGUUCACCAAAGUUUGGUAGCGUCUUACCAUCCCCGAGUACGUCGCACGUUCAUGCAAAAUACGACGUACUCGUGUGGUUUGAGAUUUGUGAGUUAGCACCAAACGGCGAAUACGUUUCAUCCGUUGUGGAUCAUAGCGAUGAUUUACCUUGCCGUGGAUUAUUCCUCCUACAUCAAGGAAUUCAACGUCGUAUUCGUAUUACCAUAGUACACGAGCCUGCUUCCGAAUUACGAUGGAAAGAUGUAAGAGAAUUAGUAGUAGGUCGUAUUAGAAAUACCCCAGAACCGGAAGAGGAAGACAACGAUUCGUCUGUACUUUCACUGGGAUUAUUCCCAGGUGAAUAUUUAGAAGUUAAAGGUGACGACAGGUGUAUGUUCAGAUUCGAAGCGGCCUGGGACAGUUCUUUGCACAAUUCGGCCUUGCUUAACAGGGUCACGUCUUAUGGUGAACAAAUCUUCAUGACCAUCUCCGCAUACCUUGAGUUGGAGAAUUGUGGUAGACCAGCGAUCAUUACAAAAGAUUUAAGCAUGAUUAUUUAUGGCAGAGAUGCCAGGAUCGGGCCAAGAUCAUUAAAACAUCUGUUCAGUGGAAGUUAUCGUAACCAAGAGGCUAAUCGACUUAGCGGCGUCUAUGAAUUGGUGCUGCGACGUUCAUCGGAAGCAGGUAGCCCAGGCGUACAAAGGCGACAACGUCGCGUGUUAGACACGAGUUCAACUUACGUCAGAGGUGAAGAAAAUCUUCACGGUUGGAGACCACGAGGUGAUAGUCUGAUCUUCGAUCAUCAAUGGGAACUUGAAAAAUUAACCAGAUUGGAGGAGGUUGAGAGGGUCAGACAUACUCUACUUUUAAGAGAGAAACUUGGUAUUGAUAAAAUGCCUAUGUGUAAUAAACCGUUACAUGAUUUCACAAAAAGCGAGAAAGAGGUUUGUAACAUGGUUGCAAAAGCUACGAACGAGUCACACGCCAGCCCGAUCAAACUCAAACGUUCUACGAGCAAAGACGUUUACGAACCUUGGGAGAUGACUGAUAGGGAAAGAGAAUUGGCAACUAAAUAUAUUAAACUUAUUCAAGGUAGAAUUCCAAGCAAAGAACCGAUUUUAUUAUCUGAUGUUUCCCCAGGAGAAGAUACGAUAGGAGACAUGUCAGCAUCUAUGCUAUCAUCAGUGUUGUCUUCAUCCUCCCAAGAGUUAGUCUUCAAAAUUGUUAUUUUAUUUUAUCAUUAUUUUUAUAAAUUAAACGUUUACAUUGAACACUUUAUUUAUAUUUUCUAUUUUUACAGAUUAAGUUCACCCGAAAGAGCCAAAUUGCAAGAAUUGCAAGAAAGCAUAUUAACUAGCGAGACGAUUGGUCAAUCUUGUACAGCACCAGCGCCAAUGGGAUCCUCUUCACCUUCGAAAGAAAAUUUAGUGUUGUAUGUACCGGAAGUUGAGGAAAUUCGCAUCAGUCCUGUUAUUGCUAGGAAAGGGUAUUUAAAUGUAUUAGAACACAAGACUAACGGAUGGAAGAAACGUUGGGUUGCAGUACGUCGACCGUACGUUUUGAUUUUCCGAGAAGAAAAAGAUCCUGUAGAAAGAGCUUUGAUUAAUUUAGCAACCGCUCAAGUAGAAUACUCAGAGGAUCAGUUAGCUAUGGUUAAAGUACCAAACACGUUCAGCGUUGUAACAAAACACCGUGGAUACCUUCUUCAGACAUUAGGUGACAAAGAAGUGUAUGAUUGGUUGUACGCUAUAAAUCCGUUAUUAGCUGGUCAGAUAAGAUCAAAAUUGGCACGCAAAGGCCCGGUUACUAGAUCUUUAAACAACGUAUCGCCAACUGGUGUAACUUCGGCGUCGGAACAACAAUCGAAUCAAACCAAGUGAGUGAUCGAUGCCUUGCUGGAGGUAACCGGCGCCGUUGCAAGAGCCUCCAAGAGAAUAUUCCGUUGGCCAAAAGCGACAUUUUCGGGCCAGGACUUCUAUAGUUUUCGAUUUUCAGUAGUCAUCGAGUGAUCAUCACGAUUAAAGAUAUGUCAGCAGACGAGAAUUUAUUCGCUAACCGAAUAUGAUGAUGAUGAUGAUUAUGAUAUCUCUUGAUAUCUCGGCAUCUCGUUUUAAGGAUACAUACGUUAUUUUAUCAUAUUAAAGAAAUACACGUACACACAUAUGAACACACACAUACAUAAAACAUACACUUACACAAAGAAAGAAAGAAAGAAAGAUAAGAUCAAGUAAACACGAGAUAGGCGCUAAUAUACCGACAAGAAAAAACAAAUUCAAAUAAACACACGAAAUAAAGAAACAAGAAAUAAUAAUAAUAAUAAUAAUAAUAAUAUUAAUAAUAAUAAUAAUAAUAAUAAUAAUAAUAAUUAAAAGAAAACUAAGCCCUGCUUACUUCGCCUACGUGCAGGAUAAGAAAAGCGAAAUAAAUAAGUACAUAAGUAAAUAUUAAAAUACAUAUUUACAUUUCUUCUACGAUCUAGAAAUAUGCUAUAUAAAAAGAAAAGAACAAACAAACAAACUCAUUGUACCUUAGCAUUUGUAGCCGGGAGAGAAAACACAAUUUCGCGUUUUCGAGUUUCUCGGUACGUUUCGACGAUCUUGCGAAAUGUCAUCGACGAGACAACGAGAAGUUCGCAGGGAAUUUCAUAAUCUUCUAUAUGUAAAUUUGUGUAAUUUAUAUCCUAUCCUUUAUUUUAUUUAUUUAUUAUCUCUAUUUCCAUCUUGGAUGGAAGAAAAAAAGGAAACUUAGAUUCAUACUCUCUUAAGAACGCGCAUUUAGAAUUUUUCGCUAGGUAUUGGGUGGUGUAUAUGUUUAUGCCUAAUAUUGUGAAACAUCGAGAAACGAAAGGAAGGAGAAGCAAAAGAGAAAGAAGAAAAAUAAUGGUUGAAAGGGGAACGAGGAGAGAAUGAAUUAAAAAAUUAUUUGUUAAAAAUAAUUUAUUUAUUUAACAGUUACAGUUAUAUACAUACACACAUACAUAAAUACACAAAUAUAACAUACCAAAGAAGAACCACAUCGAUGCGUAUGUAAACAAAUGAUUGAAUUACUAUUAAAGUAUGUAUAUGUAUAUCGUUACGAAAUGUGUCCUUUAUUUGUUAUAUAGGACAGUAUAUCGUUACGAAAUGUGUCCUUUAUUUGUUAUAUAGGACAUAUGAAGAAAAAAAAAUUGAGAUAUUGAAAAAAAAAGAAAGAUUCGAUUUAGACCGGAAAGGAUAAUAAUUAUUUUCUCCAUUAUGUAAAAUAUAAUAUCGACGUGUGCCGCGUGCGAGAUAAUAAUUACGCUCACGCGUUAUACGCAGCUUUUCAUCCUUGUCAGACAUUUCUAUGUGCUCUGUAGUUUCUCCAUUUAAAAACGAAACAAAACAAAAAUGAAAAAAAAAAAAAAUAAAAAUAAAUGCCUCGUCUCGGAUGAUGCAAGUGUAUAAAAAAAGGCAUGACAAUGUCGAGGAAUGAGAAAAAAAAAUAAAGAAAAAAUGAAACAAAAUAAGAAGGUAAAGAAAGGGAGGAGUAAGAAAGAAAAAUGGAAGAAAACAAAAUGGAGAUUAAAAGAGAGGCGUGUCGAAUGACGUUUAACGUUUAAAAACAAAUAAAAUAGCAAAA